AUGGUCCGCGUCCGCAACCCGUUCAAGCGCCAGGACUCGUUCUCGGUCCCGCUCGACACGCUCCACCACCCGCCCUCGCCCUCCCCUGCCGGUCCCGACUCGGUUCCGACCCUCGCCUCGUCAGCUGCGGCCGACAAGUCGACUGCGCCCACCAGUUUCGGCAUCGACGAGGACGAGGACGAGGUCAAGGACAAGGACGCGCUCGACGAGCACGCGACGGCCCUCACGUCGGCGCACGAGCUGCACCGGCAGCAGCACCGCGCGACAGACCCUGCGGCUCGCGAGACCGACGAGCUCGACGCCGUCGACCUGCUCUCGAACGGCAAGGAGCGCCCGAUCGAGACGGCGAGCGACAUCGGGACACGGUGCCUGUCGCUCGACGACGACCCGAGCAUGCCGAUUCACACGCUGCGGAUGUACGUCCUCGGACUCGGCCUCACGUGCUUCUCGGCCGUCCUUGGUCAGAUCUUCUACUUUCGCCCGACGAGCCUCACCGUCUCGCAGCUGUUCCUCGUCGUCGUGUCGUUCAUCCUCGGGCGCGUGUGGAGCGCUGUCCUGCCCAAGGCCGACAAGGGACGCUUCUGGGCGUUCCUCAACCCGUGCUCGUUCAACAUCAAGGAGCACGUCGCGAUCAACAUCAUGUGCAGCACGGCCACGUCGUCGGCGCAGGCCAUCAACGUGUUUGCCGCCGACGAGCUCUACUACGACUUGAACGCCAACUACGCCGUCGCCAUCUUCACCCUCGUCGGCUCUCAGCUCCUGGGCUAUGGCCUCGCCGGCCUGUGCCGCGCCGUCGUCGUCUUCCCGACCUACUGCGUCUACCCGAGCCUCAUCCCGGUCGUGCAGCUGUUCGACCUCGUGCACCGCGACAAGGACUACUCGGCGCAGCGCAAGAGGCUCAAGUUCUUCCUCGUCAUCUUUGUCGCCAUCUUUGUCUGGGAGUGGGUGCCCGAGUUCAUCGCGCCGAGCCUCACGGGCAUCUCGAUCUUCUGCCUCGCCCGGCAAAACUCGCCUUGGGUGACGCGCAUCUUUGGCGGCUCGUACCCGAACGAGGGCAUGGGUCUCUUCCAGUUCUGCUUCGACUGGUCGUACAUCAGCGGCGCCGGCCCGCUCUACACGCCGCUCGCGACGCAGCUGUCGAUCUACGCCGGGUGCGCCAUCUGCGCCGUCAUCGCAUGCGCCAUGUACGCCGCCAACGCGUGGCAGGCGCACAACUUUCCCUUCAUGAGCCAGGACCUCUUCUACGAGAACGGCACCCAGUACGACCAGACCCUGAUCCUCAACAGCGACUACACCUUGAACCCGGACGCGCUCGCCGAGCAAGGCCUGCCCUGGCUCUGCCCGUCGUACGCCAUGUACUACAUCGGCUGCAACCUCGCGAUCGGCGCCACCAUCACGUACGUCGCCCUGUGGUACCGCGAGCCGAUCGUCAAGGCCGCGCGCGAGUUUCGCAGAGGCGCCGUCGACGACGCGCACUACGCCAAGAUGCGCGUCUACAAGGAGGUCCCUAUGUGGGUCUACGCCGGCAUCGUCCUCUCGUCCUUCGCCAUGGCCAUGGCUACGUGCUACACCGGUCACUCGCACCUGCCCUGGUGGGCCCUGAUCGUCGCCAUCCUCAUCGCGGCGGCCUUCCUGCCGAUGCUGUCGGUAUUCUACGCCAUCACGGGCUGGCAGGUCGGCUUGACGACGCUCGCCCAGAUGUUGGGCGCCGCCAUCGUGCCGGGCAACUCGCAGGCCAACAUGUACUUUGCGCUCUACUCGUCGUCAUCGGUCACGCAGGGCAUCAACAUGGCGGUCGACCUCAAGCUCGCGCAGUACACCAAGAUUCCGCCUCGCACGACGCUCUCGAUGCAGACGCUCGGCACCGUCGUCGGCGCCAUCCUCCAGCUCGUCAUCAUGAAGCAGAUCAUCUCGUCGCACCGGGAGCUCCUUACCGACGUUCAAGGCUCGAACUUCUGGUCGGGCCAGAACGUCCAGUCGUUCAACACCGAGGCGGUGACGUGGGGAGCGCUCGCAAAGCACAUGUAUGGGCCGUCGGGCACGUACUUCAUCAUCCCGAUGGCGAUCAUCAUCGGCCUCGCGUGCCCGCUCCCCUUCUACGCCCUGCACCGCUUCUUCCCUCGUCUCGGCGCCGACAAGGUCGUGGUCCCGCUCCUCGUCUACGCCGUCGGGUACCUCAACGCCGGCAUCAACUCGCAAAACUUCUUCUGCGUCUGCCUCGCCUUCUGGUCCCAGUGGUACUUGCGCAAGUACCGCUCGACGUGGUUCCGCAAGUACAACUUUUUGCUCUCGGCAGCGCUCGACGGCGGCACGCAGGUCUUUGUCUUUGUCGCGACGUUUGCGAUUCAGGGCGGUGCAGGGCGGACCGUGAUCAUGCCCUCGUGGACCCUCAAUCCUGCCGACAAGCAACCCGACUACUGCGUGGCCACCUGAGCCGCCGCGGCGCCCUCCUCUCGGCCCGGUCGCGUUUUCUUGCGGUAGAUCCUCUCGGUGCAACAGACGAGCUUGACCGUG